AUGGCUGGAGCCUUGAAUACUCUUUUGUCUCGUGGUUACCAUUCAGAUCCUCAGAAGGAACAUUGGGAUUUUCAACACCCAGUUAGAAGGCAGUUACAGUAUAACUUUGAAUCCAUUAUUCUGCAGCUACCAGAUGAGAGUGUCGAGGGUGCUCGUUUAGUAGAAUCCAUAGAAGUCAAGCAUGUGGAUGAGGUGCCUAAAACUAGUAGAGAUUCUCAUGCAAAGCACUCUAGUAAGACAGCUAGGCUUGUUGGUGAGGACAUUAGAGCUGCCACACCCCCUGGAGCAUACCCAGCUGUGAGGAGCCAGCUGCUACCUCCUUCCACACCCUCGCCACGACGUCCUAUUGGAUCUCCUCAGGUUGCUUGCGAAGUUGUUACUGUUCAGGCUGAUGUACACCAUAUACCUGCACAUAUAGACAGAAUCUCCUCUGAAGAUUUAGAAAUUUUUCCAAUACCUGCCACUGGAGAAUUUGAGGUACAAGAUAUACAACCUCAGCUAAUAAGUGGUGGACAGCUCCCAGAGGAGGCAUUCCAACCUGAGGCACAGCAACAGCCUUCUGAUGUGCCUUUGCCAUACAAAGCUCCUGGACCAGUUGUUGGUGAGGAGUCCUUCAUUCCAGGCACUGUCACCCCAAUAAGGCAUCCUUCAGCUCCUCCUAGGAGUGUUGAGACACCAAAUCUUUCACAGCUGUCUCGUUUGGAUACUGAGAAGGAGGUGCUUAACAUCAUAGACAAACAUACAAGUGGGAUUCUUAUUACAUUUACUGACCUGCUGCCAGAGAUACCCACCCGAAAGUCUGUGGUCAGUGUUUUCUCUACUCUACUAGGUGAGGGAACUGAAGCCCUUUUUCUUCAAUUCAUUGUUAAGUAGUCUUAGAUUAACUUUCUGUUGUUUUUUAUUGUUUAGUAUAAAUAUAUUCAUACUAACAAA